AUGAUGCUUCAUAUCUAUAACACAUGGUGGUCCAGAUACAUUGGAAAUACCAGCAACAGUACUAGCAAGACCGGUAUCGGCAAACGAGUUGAGAUGGUUCAAUCAAUGCUUGAUACUCUGGGCACCGAUCUAAGACCCGCCUAUCUUUCCGUUUUAGGAUUUGCAAGAGCAGAAAGACAUCUGGUCGGCCGACCUUUCGGCGAAAAGGUGGCCCCAUUCGUUGCAACUUGGACUGAGAAGGUUCUCGCCUGGCUGGACCCUAAGCCAACUGAUGAAAUCCUUGAUAUCGGCGCCGGAGAAGGCCCCUUGACAGCCCGCAUAGCUCCCCAUGUCAAACGGAGCGUAGGAAUCGAUGGCUCACCCAACAUGGUCGAACACUUCAAAAAAGCCUACCCACAUAUUGAGUCGCGGGUUGUCGAUUAUUGA